GAAUAUGGUUUGGGGUCACCGCUGCAUUCACAGGAUUUUACCAAAUCAGUCUAAAAACAUCACCUUUCAGUAUUGGUGUGAUGACGUUGAUUAUCACCGGUACUCUGAUAUCACUGGUCGGUGUUCUGGGCAAUCUUGGUGCAUGUAGCUUCAAAAUAUCUGCUCUUAAUUUGUAUUCUGGCCUGCUUUGCCUUUUGAUCAUCAUAAACAUUGCAGUAGGUGUGGCAGCCUUCGUAAGGAGUGGACAAAUGUCAGACGAGUUGUUAGAGUUCCACCGCAAGCUCUACACUAAGAGUCCGGAUGACAGGAGUAAAAGCGAAACCAUGAUCCUCAAAGUAUUGCAUAAAACUUUUGACUGCUGUGGCAUUGAUGGAUCGACUGGCAAGUCUGAAGACACCUGUCCAGAAGGUAUCUCCCAGAAGGAUGGCAAAUUUCCUAACUGUCCCAACGUGAUCCAGGACAUGUUCAACUCCAAAGCGCCUCUGGUGUUGGUUGGGUUUCUAGGGAUUGCUGGAAUCAUGAUGUUGGCCCUGGUGUGCAGUGUCAUCUUCAGCAGAUACAUCUCAAAGAAUCCUCCAUCUUCUGGAACCAACUCCGAGUUGGAACGUUUACAUAACGAAUGUAUUGAGAAUUUGCGUGAUAACUUAAUUUCGUUCUGUAAAUAAUUAGGUGUGUAAUAAUGCAUUGUUACCAUGGAUAAGAACUGGUAGUUUCAUGGUUUAUCAUAGUUUUUCCAAAACUGGGCCUA